GGCGGGGGCGGGCCCUGCGCUCCGCGCCAGCGAAUUGGGCGGGCACAGAGCUCAGAGCUGAGGCAGCGGCGGCGGCAGCAGGUUCCAGUAGCUAGCUCGGUGCUCUUCUCAGCCACCUGCCAUGGCCCGGGGGCUGCCCAGCAUUGCCAGCCUGGCACGCUUAUGCCAGAAGCUGAACCGCCUGAAGCCACUGGAAGACUCCACCAUGGACACAUCACUGCGGCGCUGCCUGUCCACGCUGGACCUGACUCUUCUGGGCGUGGGUGGCAUGGUGGGCUCGGGCCUCUACGUGCUCACAGGCACCGUGGCCAAGGACAUGGCUGGCCCUGCUGUGCUCUUGUCCUUCGGUGUGGCUGCUGUGGCUUCCCUGCUGGCGGCUCUAUGCUAUGCAGAAUUCGGGGCACGUGUGCCACGCACAGGCUCUGCCUACCUGUUCACCUACGUAUCCAUGGGCGAGCUAUGGGCCUUCCUCAUCGGCUGGAAUGUGCUCCUUGAAUACAUCAUUGGUGGCGCCGCAGUGGCCCGCGCCUGGAGUGGCUACCUAGAUGCUAUGUUCAGCCACAGAAUCCGAAACUUCACUGAGGCCCACGUGGGUUCCUGGGAGAUGCCCCUCCUGGCCCAGUACCCGGACUUCCUGGCUGCUGGCAUCAUCCUCCUGGCCUCUGCCUUUGUCUCCUGUGGAGCCCGCGUCUCCUCCUGGCUCAACCACACCUUCUCAACCAUCAGCCUGCUUGUCAUUCUCUUCAUUAUCAUCCUGGGCUUCAUCCUGGCCCAGCCCCACAACUGGAGUGCUGAGGAAGGCGGCUUUGCCCCCUUUGGCUUCUCCGGCGUCAUGGCCGGCACUGCCUCCUGCUUCUAUGCUUUUGUGGGCUUCGAUGUCAUUGCCGCCUCCAGCGAAGAGGCCCAGAACCCACGGCGGUCUGUGCCGGUGGCCAUUGCCAUCUCGCUUGCCCUAGCAGCUGGUGCCUACAUCCUUGUCUCCACCGUGCUAACCCUCAUGGUGCCCUGGCACAGCCUGGACCCUGACUCAGCACUCGCAGAUGCCUUCUACCGGCGGGGCUACAGGUGGGCUGGCUUCAUUGUGGCAGCUGGCUCCAUCUGUGCUAUGAACACCGUCCUGCUCAGCCUCCUCUUCUCUCUGCCACGCAUUGUCUAUGCCAUGGCCGUCGAUGGGCUCUUCUUCCAGGUGUUUGCCCGUGUGCACCCCCGGACACAGGUGCCUGUGGCGGGCACCCUGGUGUUUGGGCUCCUCACAGCCUUCCUGGCACUGCUGCUGGACCUGGAGUCACUGGUUCAGUUCCUGUCCAUUGGCACACUCCUGGCCUACACCUUCGUGGCCACCAGCAUCAUUGUGCUGCGCUACCAGAAGUCUUUCCCGCCCAACUCCCCAGGCCCAGCCAGCCCUGGCCCCCUGACCAAGCAGCACAGCUCCUUCUCAGACCACCUACAGCUGGUGGGCGCUACACAGGACUCCAUCCCUGAGCCAGGGGAGCUGCAGCCAGCCCUGAGGCCCUACCUGGGCUUCUUGGAUGGGUACAGCCCUGGAGCAGUGGUGACUUGGGCGCUUGGUGUCAUGUUGGCCUCAGUCAUCACCUUAGGCUGCGUGCUCGUCUUCGGGAACUCAGCCCUGCACCUCCCGCACUGGGGUUAUAUCCUGCUGCUCCUGGCCACCAGUUUUGUGCUUCUGCUCAGCCUCCUGGUCCUGGGGGCUCACCAGCAACAGUAUCGGGAAGACUUGUUUCAGAUCCCCAUGGUGCCCCUGGUUCCAGCCCUGAGCAUCCUCCUCAACAUCUGCCUCAUGCUGAAGCUGAGCUAUCUGACCUGGGUGCGCUUCUCCAUCUGGCUGCUGAUGGGACUCGCAGUGUAUUUUGGCUACGGCAUCUGGCACAGCAAGGAGAACCAGCGGGAUCCACCUGGGACAAACGCCACAAGCUACAUGGUAUUCCCCAGGGGCAGCCUGGAGGAGACGGUUCAGGCUGUGCAGCCCCCCAGCCAGGCACCAGCCCAGGAGCUUGGCCAUAUGGAGUAGCUGGUUGGUCCACGCUUGCCCUGUCCUCCCCCAUCUGAUCGGGAGGCCAUAGGGGCCCAACAAGCCAGGGGACCCCUUCUGUUGUGGGUGACCUGGGUUUGCAGGCUUGCCCAGGCUGGGAAGUUCUCAGGACCUUAGGACCUUCGUCCAGGGACUGAACUUCAGGCCUUCAGAAGUGAGCCUUGGCUGGCACUGCUACCGUGGACUCUGCCCAGAGCCUUCUUGUUUAUGAUCAACUCCAGCUACCUGAACAGGUGUGGUGGGGUGGAUGGGAAGGCCCACAGCCCCAGGGAUCCAUAAUAAUAAUUGCUUGACCAGCCAUGUGGCCUACUGGC